AUGAGAGGGUUCAAGUUCGACAAACUCGCGGAGAGUCAAAGUCUAAGCGCACAGGAGGUGGACCAUUUGGACCGGGUAAGCAUGGUAUCCUUGAAAACGUUAAAAAUACCUGAACAGGUCAGGCAAAAAUUACACAAUUUGGCAAAACAAUUUGUGAAAAAAAAAGAUUUGGAAAAAUUGGGGAGAUAUGUAAUGCAAAAAUUAACAAGCAGGAACUGUGUAGAGUUGCCUCGAAUUUUGCCCUCAAAAUUGUUGUAUCAGUUACAGGAGGAGGAGGAGGAGGAGGAGGGGGGGGAAGCGUGCGGAGUUGAAAAAAAGAAAAAAAAACAGGGAAGGAACAAAUUAAAUAACCUCCUUGAAAAAAAAUCAUACCAAUGCUUGAAGCAGCAUUUGGGAGAGUACCAGAACAAGCGGAAAGAGAUGGAACAAAUGGCAUUGGCGCACGCGGAGGAUGCGAGACACAUAGGAAGGAGUGUUUCCCCCGCGAGGAUGACGUUCUUCCCCGAGUCUUCCAUCGCGUACACUCUUCACAAUUUUAAUGCCCACUACGGCGUUAUGUACAGAGUUCUGCACGAGAUCAGGACUCGGGUCCCAACAUUUAUGCCAAAAAAAGUUUUGAUUUAUUCGGGCGUCCCCGCUGUUGCCGUGGUGGCGCUGAAUGAGGUGUACCCAGCAGGGGGCAUCAGCCAAAGCAGCCAAAGCAGCCACAGCGGCAGUAGCAACAGGGGUAGCAGCAGCGGCAACCACAUCGUGGCCGUGGAGUCCUCAGACUCGUUCGAAUCAAUUUCGAAAUACCUAACGGAGCGCAUCCCCAACGUGACGUACCAAAUGAACCUCUACAGCAACAUGGAAAAAAAGUACGACCUCGUAAUAACGUCCCACAUGCUACUAACUCUCUAUGAUUACAACGCAAGAAAUCUUUACAUAAAAAAUUUAUGGGAGAGAUUAUCCAUAGGAGGGGUCCUCAUCAUUGUAGAGAGUGGCACCCCCACAGGGUUCCGGAUGAUCCAUUCCUUAAGAGAGCUUUUUAUUACCGAAUUGAAGUAUGAUAGGUUUCAUUUCAUCGCUCCAUGUCCUCACGAAAGUAGUCGAGCCAAAAAUGUUGAUGAGUUAAAAUUUUCAUACCUAGUCAUCCGUAAAUGUGAAGGACCCAGAACAGCAUACAAAUCUGAAGCAGAUGCCAUCACUCCUCACGAGAAGUCCUUUUUCUGGCCAAGGGUCAUCCUUCCUACGAUCAAGUCCGGUAAGCAUGUCCUAAUCGAUGUAUGUUCUAGUCCUCAAAACUUCGAGCGACUUGUGGUAACCAAAAGUUCAUCCCUAAUUCCUAAUUUACGAACAAGAAACGGUACCAUCCUUAAGGGAUAUGGAUAUAAACGUGCGAGGAAGUUACUUUGGGGGGAUCUCUUCCGCUUCACAAAGAGAAUUAGCCGUCCUGAUGCUAGACUCUACACCCCGGAAAGCACCAAGCAGCACCUCUACCGGCUGUACAACCGGCAGAAGCGCCGUCAAAACGUAACGGAUGUCGUCGACCGCCAGUCGCGCGAGCACUUCGAGUCACGCGCGGUGCAGUUUUACGGCUCCUAA